AGCAGUUUUUUGUGUCAAGAUGCUGCGCCAGACCUCUGUCGCCUUCAACACCUUCCUCACCCGGUCGGUGGCGACGGCGCCGAUAUCGGUCAUCCGCACCGGCCCGAAGUGGUGGGCCGAGCCGGAGCGCAUGGUGAAGCACAAGGUCAUGUACUUUACCAUGGGCGUCGAUCAACUGCCGCUGCGCCGCACUGCGGUGAUUCAGAAGGACCUCCAUCGUUUUCAUAUGUGCCGGCCCCCGCCGCGCUUCGGCGACGCCACCGGCUACAAGCGCUCUCGCGGGGCGCAGCUGACGACGUGGUACCGCCGCAUCCAGUACCAGGAGUACCACAUGCAGCACCUCUUUGUGCGGCACAUGUGGGGGCUGCUGCGGAUGUACCCCGGUAACACGACGAAGAUCCAGGGCAAGGCGGACGACGGCUACGUCGGCUACGAUUCCGUACCGUUCCACCGCUACAACCGCACCCCCCUGCCCUUCCCUGCGCGGGAGAUUUACGAGCGUCGCAAGUAA